CAGGCUAAAUCGAGUGACAGGGACGAGCAAUCAACCGUGGGCUUUUACCCCCACACUUUUUAAAAUAAACGUAUCUUUAUGGUGUCCAACCAGUAGGAACAGUGAGCUGCAUGUUCUGCUUCUUAUGUUACAUGCUUUACAUACGUUAGCAAUUUUUUUCAUCAUGAACAUAAACCAACACCUUGAAUUUACUGGCCAACAAGAAGACAUGAGGGACAUUUGCAGCGAAGUUGCAGAUGUGAAGCCACAGAAAAAGGAGGAAGAAAAGAGGGAUGAUAACUCAUACAGUGAGAAUGGAGUGCAGGGUGGUGAAUGUGUGAUCAAUCCACGUGCGAUAAAAACUGAGUCAGAGGAGAUGAAAGAUGAUGAUCAGUACCAAGAGGCUGAGAAAGAAAUAGAGAUUGCACCAGAAGAAGAAGAAGGGGCAGCUGAGGACAGAAUGGAAGAAGGGUUUGAUGAGGAAGAGGAUGUCGAUGACAGAGAUGGGGAUGAAGAGGGAGAUACCCUGAAUGAGCCAGAAGACCUUUCUCUUGUGGACUACUCUCGCUAUGACAAUGGCACCCAUUCUGCAGAACCAGCAGCUGAUACAGAAGGGAGCUACGUGCCUGGGGCUUCAGUCCCCCGCAUCCAAACGACAGGAAAGCUCAACUGUGACAUCUGCGGCCUGUCCUGCGUCAGCAUCAACGUCCUGAUGGUGCACAAGCGCAGCCACACGGGUGAGAGACCAUUCCACUGCUCUCAGUGUGGAUCUUCCUUCACCCAGAAGGGAAACCUGCUCCGCCACAUCAAACUGCACUCUGGAGAGAAGCCUUUCAAAUGCCCGAUGUGCAGCUACGCCUGUCGACGACGAGAUGCUCUGAGCGGACACCUGCGUACCCACUCUGUGGAGAAGCCUUUCAAAUGCAACCACUGCAGUCGGAGCUAUAAGCAGCGAAGCUCGCUGGAGGAGCACCGAGAAAGGUGCCAUGUGUACAUUCAGAGCAGCAGCAUGAAGCCUGAGAGAGAGGACAAUCAGACAUCAAGGGCUCAGAUGGGUACUGAGCGUGCUCUGCUGCUUGACAGGUUGGCAAACAAUGUAGCCAAACGGAAGAGCUCAAUGCCACAGAAGUUUACAGGGGAAAAUGGAAUUUGCCUGGACUUGAGCUUUAAGAGGGAACUGAUCCAUCCCUCUGAUAUUAAGGACCCUCCACCAGGUUCCCCUGGGCCCGACACCUACCACCAGCAACCACCCGUUAUUCUUCCAGGUGCUGACACUGACCCUGCACCCUCCCACAGGCCUUACCCAAUUUCAAUAGGCCGCAAUGACAUAACACCUAUCGGCCUCACUAACGGCCACAAGAUGAACAUGUCAUUCCUGGGCCCCCCUCACGCUGCACAACCUCCCAUUAGCAUCGACUCCUUCCACACAGACGGCUCCCAGAUGUCACAGCCCAUCAUGUACAGCUUAGGACACCUGCUGGGAGGAGGGCUAAACCACCAGAACGGCAUCCCUCACCCACACGCCCAGCCCAUUCCUUUAUCCCCAUUGGAAGCACUACGGGUGGUGCGAGCAGACGGGGAGACCGGACCUCUGCCUGGAGCGGUGUACCCCUGUGGCCACUGCAGGGUGAUCUUCCUUGACUACGUCAUGUUCACCAUCCACAUGGGCUGUCACGGCUUCCGGGAUCCGAUGGAGUGCAAUGUGUGCGGCCACCGCAGCCGGGACCGUUACGAGUUCACUUCCCACAUAGCCCGCGGUGAACACCGCCUUGAACUAAAGUAGCUUUCAUUCAUGCAGACGUUAAUGCUUACACACACACACACAUAUAUGAACAUACACAGGUUUACUCAUAUUAGUAGCUGAUAGUAUCAAAAAUGAAAGCAUGAAGUAGCAGCUAUCUCUGUCUUUGUCUGAGUGGUAUGUGUGCUUGAGUUUGAGUGAAUGUGUGUUAAAGAGAGAAACCAAGAGACGUUAAAGGUGUGUGAUGAUAUCAGAGUGUUUUUAGUCAUAUUGUACUCAUCUGUAAAGUGUUAAUAGGGGAGUAAUUCUACUUUAUUUACAUACAUAUUUUCUACUUGUCCCUGUUCUUUUUCCUUUACAUCUAAUUUCAAUGUAAACCUCCUAAUAGUCAUCAAAGUAGCAAAAAUGAAUGCAUUCAUUGUCUAUCUGCAGUAAUUUUCAUGUGUAAAAUUGUGAAAAUACAAUAA